UCGGGCGGCCGCGGCCAUGACGCAGGGUCCGGGCGGGCGCGCGGCCCCCGCGCCCCCCGCACCCCCGGAGCCUGAGGCGCCCACCACCUUCUGCGCGCUGCUGCCGCGCAUGCCGCAGUGGAAGUUCGCGGCCCCAGCCGGCUUCCUGGGACGGGGCCCGGCGGCGGCGCGGGCGGCGGGGGGCGCGGGGGCGGCAGAGGGGGCCGAGUCCGGGGCCGAGUCCGAGCCCGAGCCGGCCGGCUCGGCCGGCGUCCCGGCGCUGGCGGCGGCGGUCCUGGGCGCCUGCGAGCCGCGCUGCGCCGCGCCCUGCCCCCUGCCUGCGCUCAGCCGCUGCCGGGCCGCCGGGGCGCGGGGGUCGCGGGGCGCGCGGGGGGCGGCCGGGCCCCCGGACGCCGCCGCCGACGAGUGGAUCCGCAAAGGCAGCUUCAUCCACAAGCCGGCGCACGGCUGGCUACACCCGGACGCCAGGGUCCUGGGGCCCGGGGUCUCCUACAUCGUUCGGUACAUGGGCUGCAUCGAAGUCCUCCGCUCAAUGCGCUCCCUGGACUUCAGCACUCGCACCCAGGUCACCAGGGAAGCCAUCAACCGGCUCCAUGAGGCCGUGCCUGGCAUCCGGGGCUCCUGGAAGAAGAAGGCCCCCAACAAGGCACUGGCCUCCAUCCUGGGCAAGAGCAACCUGCGCUUCGCGGGCAUGAGCAUCGCUGUCAGCAUCUCCAUCGACGGCCUCAACCUCUCCGUUCCCGCCACGCGCCAGAUCAUCGCCAACCACCACAUGCAGUCCAUCUCCUUUGCGUCGGGUGGUGACACGGACAUGGCGGAUUAUGUGGCCUACGUGGCCAAGGACCCCAUCAACCAGAGAGCCUGCCACAUCCUGGAGUGCUGCGAGGGCCUCGCCCAGAGCGUCAUCAGCACCGUGGGCCAAGCCUUCGAGCUGCGCUUCAAACAGUACCUGCACAGCCCCCCCAGGGUUGUCGUCCCCCCGGGAAGGCUGACCGGGCCGGAGGAUUCGGCCUGGGGGGACGAGGACGAGGCAGGACACAACUACUACAACCGCACUCCCGGGAAGGAGCCGCCCCUGGGCGGGCUGGUGGACUCCAGGCUCACCCCCGCACAGCAGCCCUGUGCCCUCGGGGCCCUUGGCCAGGGAGCAUCUCCUGCUCGAAGAGACGCCCGAGGCCCGCAGUGGGACGUGGGCCCCUCAGCCCCGCCCGGGGAUGGCUACGUGCAGGCAGACGCCCGGGGCCCGCGAGACUACGAGGACCACCUGUACGUCAACACGCAGGGUCUGGACGGCCCGGAGCCCCUGCAGCCUGAGGACAGCCCCAAGAAGGACCUGUUCGACAUGAGACCCUUCGAGGAUGCCCUGAGGCUGCACGAGUGCUCCGUGGCCGCGGGUCCGGCGGCAGCCCCCCUUCCCGUGGAGGACCAGUGGCCCAGCCCGCCGACCCGCCGGGCCCCCAUCGCCCCCACGGAGGAGCAGCUGCGGCAGGAGCCCUGGUACCACGGCCAGAUGAGCCGUCGGGCGGCGGAGAAACUGCUUCGAGUGGACGGGGACUUCCUUGUGCGGGACAGCGUCACCAACCCCGGGCAGUACGUCCUCACCGGCAUGCACGCAGGGCAGCCCAAGCACCUGCUGCUCGUGGACCCCGAAGGCGUGGUGCGGACGAAGGACGUGCUCUUCGAGAGCAUCAGCCACCUGAUCGACUACCACCUGCAGAACGGGCAGCCCAUCGUGGCCGCCGAGAGCGAGCUCCACCUGCGAGGUGUCGUCAAGCGGGAGCCCUGAGCCAGGUUGUGGUUCUCAGCCUGUGGCUCCUGUCCCCGCUCCCCCCGGAUGGCCCUGUUGUGGCCUUAGGGGCCCUCAGCCUUUCUCUGGACCCUGGUCGGGCCGGAAUCGCCGCUGUCUCUCCUUCCUCCGCGUGGGUCUCUGGAAUCUUCCUUCUCCAGCUGGCCCUGGGCUGGGCUGGGUCAACCCCGCCAGGAGACGGGGCCCACGACCCCUUUCUCCCACCGAGCCCUCUGCCUGCCGCCAGCCUUCACCUGGAGUGAGGGCACACAUACCAAAGACAGAGCCUUUUCUCGCCUUUAAAGAAAAUAUAUCAAAAAGCAGCCAUCUAUCUCGGAGCCCUGGCCCAGGUUCCUGAUGGGGCAAGGAGGCACCGUUUCCUUUCCCGGCUGGACGUCAACUCACCUCCCUGGAACCAGCGGGUCCCCAGUUCCCUGGCAUGGAGAUGGAUUCCUGUCCUGGCCGGGCUCAGAUUUUCCACCUGAAAAAUUAGUGCACAGUUGUCUUUUGGGGGGAGAAUCGAGGUGCUUUGGGCCCUCAGGCCAGGGCAAAUGCUGAUGUUGAAGUGGGGGGCAGCCUUGGGAUGAUGGGGGGUAUCCAGGCAACCCCAAGACAACUGACCCAGGUGAGGGUGGUUGUGAGGCCCCCACCCUCCCAGCUGUCAACCUACACUGGACACUUGGACUCUGUUUGUAAUUAAACCUGGGAAUGACCA